AUGAAACUAAUUUACGUUUUGUCACUGACAUUGAUAGUCAAUGCAUUCUUAGCUACGAGUUUAAACUUGAAGAGACCUAAACGUAACUUACUUUGGGUAAAGAACAUGGUGGCUAAUCUUUUUGGUUACAAACGACCCCAUGCUAAUCACAGAGUUAUGUAUACGAUUCCAGAAUAUCUUAUAUUUCAACCCGCAACAAUUGCACCACAGUACAUGACUCAAAAUAUUUAUCCGGGACCAUUAACAAAGAUAUUGAUUCCAUGUUAUAUGCAAAACCAACCUUUUAUUACAUUUGAACAACAAAAUAUUCCCGUGUAUAUAUAUAAUACUGAUGAGUGUAAUUACAGACCAAUACUCAAUUCAGAUUAUUUCAAUAUUAAUGGACCUCAGUAUAGUCCAUACCCAUUAAAGUAUUAUGAUCAAAUUCAAAACCCAGAAGCAAUACGUGGUGACAAACAAACAUAUUCACGUAAUAUGGAACCGCUACAAGAGAAAUUUAAUGAAAAUUUAUCACAUUGCACUGAAGAAGCAAAACCAACUGUUCCAAAAAUUCAAAAUUAUCAGGACGAAGAACAAAUCAAAAAUAAAGUUGGAUCCACUAAAGCUCCUGAGUUAACUGUAACUAAGAACAACUUGGCAAGUUUAUCUUCUUCUACAACCUCAGCUAUUUCUACAACAUCGGUGACUACGGAAACGUCAGUUACUCCUAUAACUUCAGCUACUUUUGCACCUACUACAAUUUCAGCUAUUUCUACAACAUCAGCUACUUCAACAACUUUAGUUGCUUCUACAACUCUGUUGGCUUCUACAACUUCAACUUCUUUCACAAAUUCAGCUACUUCAACAAUUUCGGCUGCUGAUGCACCUUACGAUACUUCUACAAUUUCUACAACUUCAGAUACUUCUUCAAUUUCAGCUACAUCUAUUGAAAAUUUAGCUUUUACUACUUUCUCCACUUUGGAUCAAAAUUCUAUUCAAACUCCACCUGUUACUACUACUGAUACAACAUCUCCUAGUGCAAAUGAUUCAGCUACAACUACUUUUUCUACUUCUACUCUUACUACUAUGGCUACACCAAUUGUCAAUACAAUAGACACAUUACCUGCUUCUGAGAUAACAGUAACACCAGAGUCUUCAACUAUAAUGCAACUAUUUAACUCCUCAACUGAUUCUUCUAGUUCAACAUCAGUAUCGUUUCAAACCACGACAUCCACGUUACCUACUCAGCCUGAUUCUCCGUCAAUAACAGAACAGGGGGAAGCCAAAGACGUGCCAAUUUUUACUAACAGUCUUGAAACCACAACCUUAAGCAAUAUUGUUCCAAAUGAAUCGGAUUUCAAAAACGCAACAAACGGUACGACAAAUCCAUUAAGGGUAACCGAAUUAAAAGAUCAACUCUCUACUGCAAGCUUACUUCACAGCCGGGAAAACAAUAAUACGGAAGAAAGUACAAUUGCCGCACCUUUAAAUUUUGUUCAAGAAAGUAAUUUCCCAUUAGGUAAGAGUGAAGAAGGACUUCUUCCUCAAGAAAAAAAAGAAAAUUCCCGUGGUGAUAUUCCAGAUAUGACUACUUAA